AAUUUAUCAAAUCGCCCGGCGCAUGAACUCAGCCAACGUCUCUUCCCGAGCACGCACACGCACACACACAAUGGCUUCCCCAUUGCCGUCGCACAGAUUAUUAUCGUCGUCGCUAUCUGCGUGCAGAAGCGCAGUCCGCCGUCAAAGGCGCGUGCCUUCGCAGCCGGCACGCCGCAGCUCACAUUUCUCCGCCUGUGACAGACAACAGCCGUUGUUGACGGCUUGGUCCGGCCACGUCUCGCCAUGGAUCAAGAGCAAGGGAUCAGAACCUCACAUAGGGAGGGCGAUUGAGGGCAAAAGGCUGUUUUCCGUCACCGCCGCGGCACGACACGGACAUCUCCAGCCGCCGAAGCCCGGGGAAGAGCGCAAAGUCACGUUCAUCGACAAAGAGGGAGAGGCGCACACCUUCGAGGUGAGCGACGGCGACAAUCUCCUCGACAUUGCCCAGGCCCACGACCUGGAGAUGGAAGGAGCAUGCGGGGGCAGCUGUGCAUGCAGCACAUGCCACGUAAUCGUCGAGUCGGAGGAAUACUACGACAAGAUGCCCGAGCCGGAGGACGACGAAAACGACAUGUUGGACCUGGCCUUCGGGCUGACGGAGACGAGCAGGCUGGGCUGCCAGGUCAAGAUGUCUCCCGAGCUGGACGGGCUGGUGGUCAGACUGCCGAGCAUGACGCGCAACCUGCAGGCAAGCGACUUCGUGGAGAAGGACAAGAGCGCAAAGUAGGAGCGAUGCUCGUCUCCAGGAGCGCAGGGGGGGCGGGCGCGGCGCAAGCACAAGUAGAAAAAAAGGAAGAGGUCACGUGUGUAUGGGGGCUAGUAUACAUCGUUACAGCUGUGGCUAUGUGUGUAUAAAUACGUCCAUGGCUAAGCGCCACAUCUCUCCUAAGUUCAAGUCUCGAAUCGCCGUUCCUGACCCGAGCAUGCAUCUGCUUGUCUCCACAGCUCUCGAGGAGAUCUGUUGUGUGGACUUUGCCCCAACUCUGACGGACGAGUGUCAUCUUUGGGUGCAGGCCGUGACGAAAAGUCUUCUUCUUUGGGAUUUUCGCUGAACGGGGUAGAUACCUUCGUGUCGUUAUCGGGAAGGUAUCGAAAGCGUUCACAUGUCGUGUUUUGACUAGAGCGCAGAUAGAUGCGCAAUCUAUCAGCCAUGGGAAUGGGGAAAUGCAUCUACAUGUUUCAAAGAACUAAGACUGGCACAAACUAUCGAAACAAGCCAGUUGCCACGGCAGUAACGGUAGCUGGGUGUCUGGCAAGACAAAGGCAGUCUUUCGCACAUGGAAGGGUUUAACGAAACGUUUGUCGCCAGGCUGGGCAGCACACCAUGUCUACACAUCGACAAAUAGCAUCGUUAGUAUUCUGUAU